AUCGAGAACAUUUAGUUCUCCAGAGGAGCUGCUGCUCACACAAUAAGAGGGAGCUGCAUCCACCCGGACGCGUCUCACUCCUCGCGCAGCCAGAAGAGUGUCGUGCACACCUCACCUUUAGUGGACCCUUCUCUUUUGUUUUUUGCAGACGUCGUGACAAGACAAGACCGGUUGAAUCAUCUGUUUUGGGAGAUUCUUCUAUUUAAAAUUUCUCUCCUGUUUCCUCGAUCAGAGAUGCCCGAGGACAUGGGGACAACCAAGCCUGGAGGAGUCAUCGCCUAUAUUUCCUCCGGCUCAGCAUCCAGCCCGGAGUCCUUCAUGUUUAGCACCAGCCCCAGCAGAGGCUUCCUCGCCACGGCGCAGUCGGCGUCCCGCCCGGCGCUGCCCAGCAGGGCCGUGGGCAUGGUGGUGGACAUCUCCCCGCCGGCCAAGCGUUGCCACGGCGCCGAGAAGGCCGGUCGCUCCUCCACGUCGGCCAAGAGCAGCAUUACCAAAAUUAACGGCAUGGUGCUGUUGUGCAAGGUGUGUGGAGACGUGGCCUCGGGCUUCCACUACGGCGUCCACGCCUGCGAGGGCUGCAAGGGCUUCUUCAGGAGAAGCAUCCAGCAGAACAUCCAGUACAAGAAGUGUCUCAAGAUGGAGAACUGCACCAUCAUGAGGAUCAACAGGAACCGCUGUCAGCAGUGUCGGUUCAAGAAGUGUCUGGCCGUCGGCAUGUCCAGAGAUGCUGUCCGAUUUGGCCGCAUCCCAAAGAGGGAGAAGCAGAGGAUGCUGCUGGAGAUGCAGAACGCCAUGAACAACAUGAUGAGCAACAACAGCCAGCUGCACAGCAUGCUGCACGGCCACCAGAGCCCCGUGGAGGCCAUGACCAGCGACGCCGGCUCCUCGCCUUCCUCCUCCUCCACUUCCGACUCCCCGUCGUGCUCCAACCCGUCCUCCCCGCAGUGCCCCCAGGACUCUGAGUCCGUGGUUUCCAUGGACACCAACUCCAGCUCAGCCUCCUCCUGCGCGUCGGACAGCGGCGAGGACGAGGCUGUGACGGCAAGCAGGCGGCAGCAGCAACAGCAGCAGCAACAACAACAACAACAACAACAACAACAGCUGCAGCGCCGCGAUGCCUUCGCGUACAGCCAGCAGAGGUCGCCCUCGUCGGGGACCGUCGCCCUUGAGACGGGGUGUGACGGCCGGCUGGAGGAGCAGAGGAGUAGCUGGAGCUGCUGGAACAACAACGUGGUCAUCGGGGGUCACCAGCACGUCGCCAACACCGCUUACAGGGAGGAUAGGGGAGUUUACCAGCAGCAGCUCGCCAGCACCCCUAGCUGUAAAGCAUCAGAAGGCGGCCAGAGACAAUAUGGCUGCAACACACAAACUGCCUCAAGUGGACCAACCAGCUGCGUGAACAACAGAGCGCACUUGGUGUGUCCCAUGAACACGUCGCCCUUCGUGGACCCCCGCAAGCCGAGCCAGGAGGUGUGGGAGGAGUUCUCCAUGAGCUUCACCCCCGCCGUGCGGGAGGUGGUCGACUUCGCCAAGAGGAUCCCGGGCUUCCGCGACCUCCCCGAGCACGACCAGGUCGGCCUCCUGAAGGCCGGGACCUUUGAGGUGCUGAUGGUCCGAUUCGCCUCUCUGUUCAACGUGGUCGAGCGCACGGUGACCUUCCUGAGCGGCAAGCGCUACAGCCUCGACACGCUGCGGUCGCUGGGCGCCGGCGAGCUGCUCAACUCCAUGUGCGAGUUCAGCGAGAAGCUGGCGGCGCUGCGGCUCGACUCGGACGAAAUGAGCCUCUUCACGGCCGUGGUGCUCGUCUCAGCCGAUCGCUCAGGGAUCCAGGACCUGAACGCCGUCGAGGCCCUGCAGGACAAACUGAUCCGGGGUCUGAGAAACCUGGUGAUGCAGAACCACGCCGAGGAGUCGGCCACCACCUUCACCAAGCUGCUGCUCAAGCUCUCCGAGCUGCGUUCCCUCAACAACUUGCACUCGGAGGAGCUGCUCUCCUUCAAAGUGCACCCCUAAAAAAUGCUUCCUGCAGGGUGGGGGGGGGUCCACCAUAUAUCCACACACCUCCACCAUAUAUCCACACACCUCCACCAGGACCUGCCUCCUCCGUACCCGACCAACCCAGCUGCGUGUUCCUUUCUAGAAUGUAUCCAGAGUUAUUUUUUGUUGAGUAGACACAAAGAGAGAAUAGAAUACGUGACGUGCGGCAUCUGUAGGGCGCUAACGAAGAGUACGCAACCGGCUUUCUGGAAAAAGAAGCCGUUUGAUUCCAAAGCCAGAGACAGUUUUGCAUGUUUGUUUGGUCCAAUGUUUUUUCUGACUGUCUGAAAGACGACCGUGUGGCGACCGCUGGUAAUGCAUGGCUGCACUGAGCGCGAGCAGUUUGGACUUGGAUCUCCUCCCUCUCGUCUCAGAAAGCAUCAGUUCACUGUAAAUAGUGUUGAAUGUUUUUAUUUAAAUGCAUUUUAUUUUUUAUGUUCCAUGUCAACUGCCUGCACACUGUCUGCUGAUUUCUUUCUGGGGGGGGGGGGGGUUGUGUUAUUUGCAAUUUUAUUUUCAGAAACACUACAUUUGCAAAAUCUUCUGGAGCAGAAAAACCAAGUAACAUGUCAACGCUCCAUGUCAUCCAUGUCACACACGUGUUGCUGCUGUUUUCACACUUGUUUUUUUUGUAUUUACAGUAUAUACUUUUUAUUUUUGAUUGAGCUUUAUGUGCUUUCAGCAUAUCACUGAAUUGUAAUGUUUGUCAUCCAUUUUGUUGAUAUAUCUGUUUUAUGGCAACAAGCCAUAUGUAAAUAACUAUAUAAAUAUAUAUAAAUAUCGAAUGAACAUAGAAUAUAAAUGAUAUAGUAUGAAUAAAUACGUGAAGAAUA